CAAAUGACGCUCCCUGGCGCUCUUUCCAAGAAUCCCGUGACUCUACCCUGACUUUAGUUUCCUCCACAGCUCAGCCGUCUCCCCACCGUGACUCUAUGCCGGCAGCCACCGUCUCAAAAUUUCCGACCAGAAUUUUCUCUGCUUUUGGAAUUAUGACGUUGAGGGUUAUUGAUUCAUGGUGUCAGUUUUAGUGUGGGGUGAUUCCUCUGUGCUAGAUCUUGGAUCAAAACUUUUCUCCACUUAACUGUCGAUUACAGUUUCCUACCUCAUCUCUGAGGCUUAUGUUUGCUCUGCCGUGUCUUAACCACAAGCCUCUUCUCCGCUGAUGUCGACGCCUCGCAUUCCUUCCCGAAGCUCUUCCCCUUCUCUGUCAAUGGAGUUUCCUGAAGCUGUUUCAUCUGGUUUUCUUCCCCUGUUACCUGAGCCACCAGAUUCCGAUCUCAACAUGGUGCUUCCGGUGGAUCCUCCUGUUCCUCCAGUUCCCCCCGACCCUCCUCCGUUUCUCACAAUGCAGUGAUGCAUCCUUCACUGGAUGAAGCCGACCUCUCCAGCUCUCUCACCAAUAGACGAGACUCUUCCUUCCUCCAACUGGUUAUUGAGAUUUCUCUUGUAAGGUUUUCAGGGUUAAUGAAAGCUGAUUGCAAGCUUACCUCCCUUCAUUACUCAUCACUUCAAGUUCUCGAGGACUGGACUUUGAAGGUUGAAAUAUUGGCGGUGGUGGGUUUUCUUUACACAGCUUUUAUCAUCUCAAUGCAACUUUCUGGAGUGCAGCUCUCCACUGCUAUGUGCAGUUCUCAGUCAAAGUCUAUCCGUCAUUUGAAACCUUGGUCACAUAUUGUUGGACCCAUCUCCCCUUACUUCAUGCUUUCGCAAGGUAUGGUGUUCAUAUCUUACUGGAGUGAGUCAUUCUUGUGCACUCAUUGCCUCCUAGAAGAAUUAAAUUGUCUUAGUAGGAGAUCUGUGUUUCUUUGCAAAGAAGAGAUUAUGAUGUGUUUGAAUGGCUCUUUACCUCGUACUGAGGAUAUUAUAAACCCUUUGAGCUUCAGGUUUAAGCUCCAUUUACCACAGUAUGAGGCUGUUAUCUGGACCUCUUUCUUUGUGGCUAUGGAUGCUAUUGUUUCAGUCGGGUAUGUUGAGAACUUUCCGACUUGUUCGGCUAAUGGAACGUAGAUGGUGAGUUCUACUCGAAGCGCGAAAGUUAGAUCGCUGCAGAAAGCUUCUCACUCAACAUUAUCAUCUGGACUCUCAAGUCUUCAGAUUAUAGCGGACUCUAUUGUCCCCUUCUUUGCCCUGCGCUCGGGGUUGGUUUUGAUUGAGAUUACAGGCUUCUUCAUUGUUAUCAUGUUUUUAUAAUCUAUGCAUAACUUUCUGUUUAAUUGUUAUUG